ACACAGCAGCACCGUGUGGUCACCCAAGUACAGAGCAGGCUCUGGUCCUAUUCUGUUCAGUGGCCUGCGGUGUGUGGGGAACGAAACCAGCCUGGCGCAGUGUAGACACUCGUGGCUCUACAGACAGGACUGUGAACACUGGGAGGAUGUCGGCGUCGCGUGCAGCCUUACUCAGCAGUUAAGAGCUCGUGUGGUCGGUGGCACAGCAGAGGCGGGACGUCUGGAAAUCUUUCACGAUGGAACUUGGAACACAGCGUGUCGUUAUGGUUUUGGACAGAAAGAAGCUUUGGUAGCCUGCAGGAUGUUAGGAUUCAACAGUACAACAGCAGUAGCCGUGGGGUCAUCCAGGUACGGAGCAGGCUCUGGUCUUAUUCUGUUCAGUGACCUGUGGUGUGUGGGGGACGAAACCAGCCUGGCGCAGUGUCAACACCGGGGGCUCUACAGACACAACUGUGGACACUCGGAGGAUGUCGGCGUCAUGUGCAACAUUAUUCAAGAGUUAACAGCUCGUGUGGUCGGUGGCACAGUGGAGGCGGGACGUCUGGAAAUCUUUUACGAUGGAACUUGGAACACAGUGUGUCGCAUAGGUUUUGGACCGAAAGAAGCUUUGGUAGCCUGCAGGAUGUUAGGAUUCAACAGUAACAGUACUGGAGCAGCUGUCAGCCCAGUCAGAUACGGUCCAGGUGCAGGUUCCGUUCUCCUUAAGGACGUGGAAUGUCAGGGAACAGAAUCCAGUCUGGUGCAGUGCCAGAUCGGACUUCUUUAUCCCAGCAGCUGUGGCCACGAGCAGGACGUUGGUAUCAUCUGUAACAUCACUUGGGAAGAUUGGGGGACCUGGUCAGCAUGCAGCGCCACCUGUGGAGAUGGAACUAUGUCAAGGCAGCGCACGUGCAGCGUCACUCAAGGCGCAUGUCCAGGGGAGGCUACACAGACCGACACGUGUAACGUCACAGCGUGCUGUGGUAACGUCACAGUUCUUAUCGUUGUCGUUAAGGCAUCCAAGCAAUGUCACACAAACAUUUUACUGUGAAGACGAGUUGCUUUAUCUAGAAACAUUCAAUAAUUAUGUUCUUACUUCAACCUCUUACAGAUAUCAGCUUUGUAUAUGAAUACGCUUAUUUUGUGACAGUCUAUUGUCUCUGUAUAGGUGACGUGUGUUACCGGACCGUCCAGACAAGAUUACGAAAUUUAUUAGUGACCCUCACGUGCAUACAAACAAUACCAAGGGUACAGUCAGCGCACUUCCUCGCCGAGUUAUGUGGUGAGAUUACGAAUCCACCUUGUGUCCAGUAUUGGCAACACAAUCCUGGCAAGCCAGUCUUUCUGACUUGAACAUGACUAUCAGGAGUCGCGCUUACUAAAAGUAGAUCGGUUUGCGGCAAAUUCGCACAAAUAUGCGUACUUUGACUGCCUUGACAUUUAACAAAAUAACAACUGCUCUUCGCGAGAAACAAAUAAUUUUACAUGAUUAACCUGCUGUGGUUGACUUUUUAGAACGCUUACUCAAGUCACGUGGUGCUGGUCGAUGUUAACCGCACCUGUUUCCUAUCCGGGCAUUAAUUUAUUUCACGAUCCAUAAUCUGUUCCCACAUUGUGAGACUCCGUGCGCAGACGUUCACGUUAUAAACCACGUGACACAUUGUCUUUGUGUGAUGUUCAUUGUUGUACGUGUUGUACGUGUUGUUAAGAUCUGGGAACACCUGCACAAUUCUUGUUUUUAUUAUAAAGAGCUCCAUAAAAGGAAAGCCUUUAGUGACAUUUUAGUGGCGGUUAAUUAUGGCUGAGGGAAAAUGUGGGUGAAGGGAAGACGAUGGGUGAAUGUCAGAGGUAAUUACGAGAGUGUAACUGACAAACGCCAAACAUGUAACACUGCUGUUAUCAGCUAACAGGAUUAGUAUUUGUAAAAAAAGUAACUUUUUUUAUUAAUUCAAGGCAUUAGUAUUUUAAGUAUGUUUCAGGUUUUUUACUAAAAACUAUGGCUUUUUUUAAUAAAACAGAAAUACAGAAACUCCCAAAGUAAAUAACGCUAUUUAUUAAAUAGAAUACAAUGUGUACUACUGUCCACUCUAUCACAUUAUAAUACACAUUUAUUCUGAGCAAAAUGAAAAAAUCUAUUUAUCAAAUAGAAUCGUCUUUAAUUACAACAGCAUUCCUAUAAGCUUCCACUAUUUCUUUCAAACUUCUACUUUUACUUUCCUUGUCACGACGCUGACAUAAAAGACUGUAAUUUUAUUAUUUUGUCUCGUGUGUCGUCAACUCUCAAGUAUUAGCAAUGUUCAAUGUUCUUGCCAGACUGUUUUCUCCCCAGUUUUCUUUUGGUCAGCAGGAGAGGGAGGAGGUGCUUUGGACUCAACAGUGUGACAGUCUAAACAUCCACUGGUGGGCUGCCUUCAUUUCCCUUAAAACUGACAACAGGAAAUAAAUUAGACUUUUAAGAAAUGACUAUUUAAGUAAACAUCAAAAUGCAAAAUUGGAAUUAGAUUUUUGUGUUUUGAUUACAUUUUUUAUUUUUCUGUGUGUGCUUUUAUGUGUGUGCGCUUGCGUGCUUGAUAGUGCUUUUGUCUGUGUUUUUCAGUCUCUGUACCUGUUGCACUUUCUUUGGUGGAAUAGAAAGUUAGACAUGAGAUUGAAAAGCAGUAGAGCAAAAAAAAAAUUUUUUAAGCAUUUUGUCGUUAUCAUUAGUGAUAUAACUUAGUAAAUAUUCGCUGGGUGUCAACAAUAAUCAAAAUACCGUUCCCUUUGCAAUAUAGAAUAAUAAAAUGAAAUGGAAGCAAGUGGACAUUUGGAAAACAAAAUAGUUAUUUACAUUAAAAAUCUUCAUAUAUAUACAGUAUAUAUAUUUUUAAGACAUAAAAACCCC